AUGAAUUUGUGGGGUACUUCUCAAGUCCAGCAAUAUGAGAAAUAUUUAGGCCUGCCUCCAAUGGUUGGUAGGUCUAAAACUAAUGCAUUUGUUGAGAUUAAACAUAAAGGAUGUCUGAAAGUACAAAGGUGGAAGGGCAAUAUGUUCUCUCAAGGGGGAAAUGAGGUGCUUCUCAAGGCUGUGGCAUUGCCAAUUCCUUCUUAUGCUAUGAGUUGCUUCAAGCUUCCUUCCAACCUGUGUUCCGAACUUGAGAGCAUGAUGGCCAGGUUUUGGUGGGUGCAAAAGCAUGAGGAAAGAAAAGUGCAUUGGGUUAGUUGGAAGAAGAUGUGUCAGUCUAAAUCUGUUGGAGGGAUGAGUUUUAAGGAGUUGGAUACUUUCAAUAUGGCUUUGUUGGCAAAGCAAGCUUGGAGGCUAUUGCAAAAUGAAGAGAGCUUGUUUCAUAAGAUUUUUUGUGCUAGAUAUUUUCAUAAUGGUAACCUGUUGAAGGCUUCUCUUGGUGGUAAUUCCUCUUAUGCUUGGAGAGGCAUUUGA